GAAAAGUGGCCCUUCUAGCCCGGCUUCUUGUUGGUGGGACUACACCAAAACGAAAGUCGGCAGGGGAGCGUAUGGAGACGAAACCAUUGGCGUUCCGAAAUGUCCCUCUCCCCCGGGGAAGGGGGCGGGAGUGCAGUUUUUAAAGAGACAGGCAGACAUUUUCCUUUCCGAACCUGAGCAGAGUAGCUGAAGGUUGCGGAAACCGGGGGAAGCUGCGUGCAUUGGGCCAAAGCAGGAAGGCAAAAAGCGGGGAGCGGGAGUCUCCGAGUCCGUCGCGAGGACAAGAAAGAGCGGGCGGAAUACGAGGGGCUCCUGCACCGGGUGGGCGCUGCGUGGUCCGAGCGUUGCAUCGGAUCUCGGGGCUUGCAAGGAGGUUCCGCCGCCGAGCAACAGCUGGCCGCGAGAUGAAGCAAGAAAACAUCUUCCUCUUCGUCCCCAACCUCAUCGGUUACGCCCGCAUAAUCUUCGCUUUUAUCGCUUUCUAUUUUAUGCCAACCUCCCACAUAAUAGCAUCCUUCUUUUACCUCCUGAGCGGUUUCCUUGAUGCCUUCGAUGGCUAUGCGGCUCGGGCCCUCAACCAAGGCACCCGCUUUGGCGCCAUGCUGGACAUGUUGACGGACCGCUGCGCCACCAUGUGCCUGCUGGUGAACCUCGCUAUGCUCUACCCUGAAUCUGCCCUUUGGUUCCAACUCAGCAUGAGCCUUGACGUUGCCUCCCAUUGGCUCCAUCUCCACAGCACCGUGGUAAAAGGUGCGGAGAGCCACAAGACCAUCGACUUGUCAGGGAAUCCAAUCCUGCGGGUGUAUUACAGCUCCCGGACUGUCCUCUUCAUCAUGUGCGCUGGGAAUGAGCUCUUCUACUGUAUGCUGUAUUUGCUGUGUUUUGGGGAAGGACCAGAAAUCCUGCCCGGACAGGCUGGCCUCUACCGCCUAGUCCUGUGGGUUUGUGCCCCAAUCGCCAUCGCCAAGAGCCUCAUCAGCCUGGUCCACCUGAUCUGUGCCUCGUGCAAUAUGGCUGCUCUGGACGUCGCGGAACGUGCAAAGAGGAAGUAGCGUCGAAAGACCCCAGCGGAGGG